AUGGCGACUCAGAACAAGCAUGUCGUAUUUGACGUCGUCGGAACAUGCGUUUCUUACGACGCUUUCUAUGAUGCGAUUGAGGCUCGAAUGGGUGUACAACUUCGGGCCAAUGAUAUUGGAUCCCGUUUGUUUGGAUACGCAUGGAUGGAAGCCGGAGAGCGGGAGUACACGUAUCUGAGUCUUUCAGGUCAAUAUGUGAAAUUCUUUGACGUCUUCCGAUCAAUCUUCUAUCGGACGUUGUGGCAAGCUGGUAUUACAGAGCCGCGGAAAUUCGCCAACGAUGAAGAUCGAGAAUGUCUGUUGGCCUCGUACCGUGCCUUGGAACCCCGCCCCGGUAUCGCAGAGUGCUUUUCUCGACUUCGCGCUGCGGGGUUUACUGUCUGGGCCUUGACGGCUGGAGAUACGCCGCGCGUCGCAGGAUACCUUGCCAAGGGCGGAGUGGAGAUGCCCGCUGAUAAUUUCGUCUCAUGCGACACUAUUGGGAUUGGCAAGCCAGACCCCUCAUCUUAUCAGUAUAUUCUCGACAAGUUUAAUCCUGAGGGUCUGGAGACAUGGUUUGCAGCGGCUCAUAUGUGGGAUGCCGCUGCUGCACGCCGUCGUGGCUUCAAUGGUGCUUGGGUAUCAGUGUGGGAGAAGGAAACAUGCUCGGAUAUUUUUGGAGACAUGGAUGUAAUGGCAGAUGAUCUCCCUUCGAUGGCAGAUAGAAUAAUUGCUACUUCGGCUGCUAGCUAG